AUGUGUGUUGACUACACCAGUCUCAAUCGUGCAUGCCCAAAGGACUGCUAUCCCCUCCCGAGGAUCGACCAGCUGAUCGACACAACCGCCGGGCAUGCCCGCCUUUCGUUUAUGGACGCCUUCUCCGGCUACAACCAGAUCAGAAUGAUGCCCGAGGACCAAGAACACACGGCUUUCCUCACCGAUCUAGGAGUGUAUUUCUAUAAAGUAAUGUCGUUCGGGCUAAAGAAUGCAGGCGCAACCUAUCAGAGAGCCGUGAACAAGAUGUUUGCCCAACAGAUCAAGCGGAACUUCGAGGUCUAUGUUGACGACAUGAUCGUGAAGAGCCGUGCGGCGGCAGAUCACCUGACCGACUUGACCGAAACAUUUGCCACGCUGCGGAGGUAUGGUCUACGACUCAACCCGGCAAAGUGUGUUUUCGGUGUCAGCUCGGGAAAGUUCCUCGGGUUCAUCGUACAUGAAAGAGGAAUCGACGUCAACCCGGAAAAGGUCCAGGCGAUCAUCGAUAUGCAAGCCCCCCCGGACAAUCAAGGACUUGCAGCGAUUGAACGGAAGGCUCGUUGCCUUAUCCCGGUUCCUAUCUCGAUCUAG